AUGGCAUCCAUCAACCGAUCAUUACUCAUCACUCUGAUCUCAAUCUACCACAGCACCACCACCAUCGCCUUGAAAUUCCCCGAUAUACGACCUACCAAAGGGGAUCCUCCCCAAUGCCGUCCAAUCAUCGUCUUCUACAACAUGAACAUCAUAGACAGAUUGAGUAAUGGAUCGGUCUCUGUCAUCUCUAGUAUUGAAGAAAAAGAAUCUUUGUCAUGGAUGAGUGUUUCGGGUAUGGAUAUGGAAUCGGAUUCUGAUAUGCCCGUGUUUAAUGUUAAGGGUGGUUUGCGGAAGAAAUUCCAUGCUGUUUUGUUCAAGGAUGUGCCCGAUUGUGAUAGUGAAGCUUACACACAUGAAUCAGAAUCCCACUCUCAAUCGAUUUAA